AGCACACAUCGCACCCCUGCCCCCCUCCUCCUCACCUUUGACCCUUCACCCUUCAUAUUUCGUUCCUUUUUAUAUGUUGGUUCCGUCCGACCUCCAUCGUCGUACAUUCUCUCCUCCCUUUCGGUUCCCUACCGCCAUCCGGGUUUUGGUUUCUUUCCAUCCACAUUCCUUUCUCCAUCCAGGUCGCCAGACGUCCACCUUCACGUUCUUUGUAACUUGUUCUGCCGUGUUAUUCGCAAUCUCGACAGUCUUUUCAGACCCAAAUAACAUAGACAGCACAUAAAGAAGCCACUCAAGCGAAGUUCAAGUGUGCCACUCGACAAUUUCCCUCGUCGACAACGCAUAUUGCUCCCCCACCGUCUUUGAUAGACUUAAGUUGCGCCGCUAUUGAACCACGCAGAGCGUUGGCUGCAGAGACUGACUCCCUUUUUGGACCUCUUCCAUUCCUUCUUACCUGACGAUAUCAUAUCUCUGAUAGAUACGUCUCGACAUUCAUUGCGAACUGCUGGCACCGCAACAUUCAUUUUCACCUUCAGGAAAGACGAACAAAUCAAACCAAGGAUCACUGUACAUCCACCUCAACCACCUUCAACCAUCACGAUCCAGUAUCACUAUCAUUAACCAUGUAUUCGAAAACGAGCUUGAUGGCCCUUUGCGCCGCCGUUGCCGUGAAGGAGGUCGCUGCUGGUCACGGGCACCAGCAUGCUCAUGCUGACAAGCGGGAAAUUGUUUGGGCCGCUACCGAGACUGUUGUUGUCACCGACUACGUUGUUGUCACUGUCACCGAGGGUGAGGAGCCCACCGCUGCUGCUGUCACCCCUUCCUCCACCCCAGUUGCCGUCACAACCACAACUAGGGUCCGUCGGCCUCAUCACCACACCAAGCAGCACUCAAGUGUGCAGUCGGAGACCUCAACUUCGGUAGUUAUCCCUGAGUCUACCCCGUCUGUUGAGGUCCCAAUUGUGACCCCAACUACAUUGGCCACUGUCACAAGACCCGCAACUACUAGCGUUGCCCAGGAAACUCCUAUUGAAACCCCCAUUGUUAGCCCUCCAGUUGAGGUCACUUCAGUGAUUGAGGAGCCUACUAUCAUUCCUACCACAUCUGCUGUAUUUACUCCUACCUCUUCCUCCAGUGCUGCACCUGCUCCCACGAGCCACAGCGGUGGAAAGCGUGGUCUCGCCUUCAACGACGCAAGCCUGGUUCAAGAAUUCCUUACUCUAGGUGGACAGGCCUCCUGGGCUUACAACUGGGGUUCGUCCUCUGCUAGCCUUCCCGAGGGAGUGACCUUCUACCCUAUGCUUUGGUCUCCAGCUCCCGACCACUCCAACGGCUGGGACGGAUUUGCUGCUGAUGCCAUCUCCAAGGGUGCCGAUGCCCUUCUCAGUUUCAACGAGCCCGAUAUUGCCAGCCAAGCCAACAUGUCUCCUGCGGAUGCCGCCGCUGGUCACAUUCAGUGGAUGAACCCCUACUCUGGAAAGGCUCGCAUCAGUACCCCCGCUAUUUCCAGCAGUGCCAACGCCAACCAGGGUAUCGACUGGCUCAAGCAAUUCUUCAAUGCUUGCAACGGUCAGUGUGCGUUUGACUUCUGCGCUGCUCACUGGUAUGGUCCCGGUGGUGCCGACGGCGCCGGCCUGUUCCUUCAGCACCUCAAGGAUGUCAACGAGGCCUGUGACGGUAAGCCGGUCUGGGUCACUGAGUUUGCUGCUGAGGGUGCUGGCGUCGAUGAGUUCAUGACCACUGUUGUUGAAUCUCUCGAGAGCGAGGAAUUCUCAUUCGUCGAGAAGUACUCGUACUUCUUCGCUGCCGUGGGCCAGCUCUUCACCUCGCCCACUGAGCUCAGCUCCUUUGGAAAGAUCUACGCCGGCGUUGCUUAAGCGCGUCUUGGGUCAUGAUGAUAUGGAUAGCAUGUUGCACUUUUUUGAAACUGCCAUUGAGCGAACUCUGAUUUAGAUUGGAAAUGUUCUGUUCAAAUCCACUCUUCUACUUCGUCUGUACAUAGUUUUUUAUAUGAUUGUUCAAAGCCAAUCUUUGCGGAUUUGUUUACCGGUGUCCGUUCCCAGUUGUUUUUACAGGUGCGAACCCGGCAAUCAUUGCGUGUGUGUAUGUGUUUUUAGGAAGCAUUAGGCAUGGGCGGAUACGGGAAAAACACUGCUUGCUUUUCCUGAUGGGAGCGCAAAGGAUAGAUUUACGAGCCCAUGAAAAUACCAACGAGAUUCAAAAUCUUCUCGAA